UUCCGGUGUAAACAUUCUCCGCGAUGGACAAGUUCGUUGUAAGGAAAAAAAGAGAUAACACAGUCGAUAGACCUUCAGGACAAGAGAAAAAGGGUCUAAAACAAACAACAAUUGAUUCUUUAAAGGGAGUAGUAGUUGUCGAAGAGAUCAAGAGAGCUAAGGCUAUUUUAAAGCAGCCAACCACAACAGUUAAUCAGAUGAUAGAAUGCUUAUCAGGUCUCGAGAAAAAGAUACCAUCUAGAAAGGUCUUACUGGAGACCAAAAUAGGAAAUGUGAUAAAUAAGUUGAGGAAACAUGAAAAUGAAGAAGUACGCCAACAUGCCAGGCAAGUGUAUGUCAAGUGGAAGACUCACUUUGUUGAGCACCGAGACAGACCCCAGAUAGAGGUUCAAUGUGAUCUCAGGACAGAGAAAACUCGGAAGGCUGGAAGAAAGUUCAUAUCAGAAGCAUUAGAGCUGCAAACUGAUGGAGGAUUGCCAGAGAUCAUUGAAAGAGAGGUUUUUUUCAUGAACAACAGAUUUCUAAGCAGUCAGUACAAAAAGACUAUGAGGAAUAUUUGGUUCAAACUUAAAAAUGACCAAGCAAUUAAGGAUCAAGUAUUAGAUUCAUCACUGACUGUAAAGGAACUUAUAGAAAUUUGCACACCAGGAGGAAUGCCAUCUUGACGGAAUGACCCCAAAACGAAAAGUUCAGAAUUGAUUGAUCUUUUUUAACAUGUUUAGACUAUUGUUGACAUAUUUUAAAUGUCAAUGCACAAAUGCACAAUUUUCUUGUAUUAUUUCUUAUUAAACCAAGUGUCAGUUUGACUAAACAGGUAUAAUGUGUGGUUGAUUUUGAUAGGGAAUUAAAUUAUUUAUUCAUUUCAGCCCGAUUGUGUAAUUAUAUCGUUGGCCUAUUUCUAAAAACACUGUUUAUAUUAAACGAUUUUUUUU